GCUGAAAGAUGGAAUCAGAUUUAGAUUUGAAUCAUACGAGUUCUUCAUAUGUUGAAGCUCUGGAUGAGUUCAGAAAAGUCGGAGAUGUCUACCAGGUAUACAACAAAAUGUACGACCAAGUGAAGAAUUUGGAUCACGUUACUCACGUCAUUGCCAUUGGAGCCGGACCAGCCAUUGACGAAAUAGCUUUCAUGAAGAAGUUAACCCCAUAUUUGUCCAGGUUCACAGCUGUCGACAUGAAUGAAUGGUGCAUGGAGGAGUUGAGACAGAGUGUGAAGAAAUACCUUCCUAGCGACGUGAUACUGGAUGUGCACUUAACCAAACUGCAGGAUUGGCAGGGACCAAGCGAGGCGGCUGAUCUGGUCUUCAUGUUCCAUUCAUUGUAUUACUUCAAUGAUGACGAAAGGAAGAACAUAUAUGAAGCAUGCUUCAAAAAGUGGCUGAAACCAAACGGAAAACUGUUUGUGAAAAUCAUUAAAGACCUUCACGAAGCUAAAGCACCUCACUACCUGAACGAUAUAUACCGUGAAACCGGCAGAAAAUUGUUAACAGAGGCAUUCACCAUAAAGCAGGAGUUACAGAACCUGGGCUACAAAAUUGACGAAGAAUUAGAGUACAUUUACUACCAGGACUUGAGUAUUCUAAAUAAUUCCGUCGUGUCUUUUAUAAAGUUGGAGGCGAAACCGUCCUUUGAUGACGAUGAAACAGUUAGAAAUGUCUUGAAGAAGUUGCAUGCAGAGGGUAACAAGGGGUAUAGUAGCGGUGCCCUCUUCAGUGUUGUCAACGAAAAAUUUUGAAUAUUUAUCUGUUCGUUAGAGUAAUGGUUUUAUCACGUGUCCUUAGCAAUUUUUUAGUCAAAUUAUAUAAGCUACUACUUUCGUAAAUCAUUGGAAGAUGAGAAGUUUUUCAAAAGUCACCUCUCACCAUUAGAAAAUGUUUCUGUUGAGUAUCAACUCAAUGAAAUUUGCAAAUAUUACUUUUUGAAAUUACUGAAGUUAUUGUUGAA